AUGGCCGUCGACGACAUCCCCUCCGUUGCCUUGCCAGGCAAGGUUUUGGGCCCGGUUACCAAGUUUGCGCCCGGCGCCGGUACACACGUUUACGAAGGAAAUGUAGUAUCUUCUCUACUCGGCCAAGUUACCGUGACGCCUGCGGCCAAGGGUCCAGGACCUCAAAAGCGCCUAAACAAGAUCACCGCACCGACGUCAGACGAGCUCGCCGCCAUCUCCGUAUCCCGCCAUGGUCGCAAGCGCGAGAUUCUCCCCGAUGUCGAUAACAUCGUACUUGCGCGCGUGCUCCGUCUCAUGCCCAAGCAGGCUAUUGUGGUGAUCCAGCAAGUGGGCGACACUGUUCUCCAAACCGAGUGGCAGGGCUUGAUUCGAGUGCAGGAUGUGAGGGCAACAGAGAAGGACAAGGUCAAGAUUUACGAAUCCUUCAAGCCUGGUGAUAUUGUGCGAGCGCAAGUGAUCUCCCUUGGUGACCAGGCCAACUAUUACCUCUCAACGGCAUCCAACGAACUGGGUGUUAUUUUGGCGACGAGCGAGGCGGGUAAUGACAUGGUUCCCAUCAGCUGGAAAGAAUACAAAGACCCCGAAACAGGCAUCAGUGAGCCUCGAAAAGUCGCAAAGCCUAGCUGA